CGUCUCGGAUCGAUUUUCCAGGUGCGGCGUUUCGGACCCGCGGCGCCCCGGAGCCAGGAGCCGAGCCGGAGAGGGAGCUGCGCAGAGCGGACCCGACGCCGGCUCCCGCCACGCCGCACCUUCCCCGCCGGCUGUGGGCGAGCUCUGGGAUCUGCAUCUCCUGCCGGGGUCUACGCGGCUCGCCCGCCCUUCUUUUCCUGCCCGGCACACGCCGGAGGCUGAAGACCGAGUCCAGAGCGCACCGGUCCAAGGUGACCUUUGGGCUCUCGGCCAGAUCACAGAAGAAAUUGGUUUCUCCGGGAGAUGAUGCCUGAGCAGGAGAGACAGAUUACUGCCAGAGAAGGGGCCAGUCCGAAGAUCCUAUCUAAACUUUCUGUGCCUGCUCAUGGCUGGGAACCAGCGAUGAAGCAGAGUUUCGCCUUUGACAAUAUUGGCUACGAAGAUAGUCUGGACGGUGUAUGCCCUUCUCAGACGACCGCCGGCACCAUCAGCAUUUGGGGCAUGACUUGCCAGUCGUGUGUAAAGUCUGUCGAGGGCAGGAUUUCCAGUUUGAAAGGCAUCAUGAGCAUUACGGUUUCCCUGGAACAAGGCAGUGCUACUGUGAAAUAUAUGCCAUCGGUCGUGAGCCUGCCAGAGGUUUGCUGUCAAAUUAAAGACAUGGGCUUCGAGGCCAGCAUCGCAGAAGGAAAGUCCGUCUCCUGGCCCUCAGGGGCCUCCACUGCCCUGGAGGCUGUGGUCAAGCUGCGGGUGGAGGGCAUGACCUGCCAGUCCUGUGUCAGCUCCAUAGAAGGCAAGAUUGGGAAACUGCAAGGAGUAGUGAGAGUCAGAGUCUCACUCAGCAACCAGGAGGCAGUCAUCACUUAUCAGCCUUAUCUUAUUCAACCCCAAGAGCUCAGGGACCAUGUAAACGACAUGGGGUUUGAAGCUGUCAUCAAGAGCAAAGUGCCUCCCUUAAGCCUGGGACCAAUCGAUAUUGGGCGGUUACAGAGCACUAACCCAAAGAAACCUUCAGCUUCUGCUAACCAGAAUUUCAGUAACUCUGAGACCUUGGGGCACCAAGGGAGCCACAUAGUCACUCUGCAACUAAGAGUGGAUGGAAUGCAUUGUAAGUCUUGUGUCCUGAAUAUUGAAGAAAAUAUAGGCCAACUCUUGGGGAUUCAAAAUAUUCAAGUGUCCUUGGAGAACAGAACUGCCCAAGUACAGUAUGACCCUUCUCGUGUCUCCCCGGGGGCCCUGCGGAGGGCCAUUGAGGCUCUUCCGCCUGGAAACUUUAAAGUUUCACUUCCUGAUGGCACAGAAGGGAGUGGGACAGAUAACAGGUCUUCCACACGUCGCUCCCCCAGCCCCCCGCAGAAGACCCAGGUGCAAGGCACAUGCUGUACUGUGGUGCUUGCCAUUGCUGGCAUGGCCAGUGCAUCCUCUGUCCAGUCCAUCGAAGGCCUGAUCUCCCAAAGGGAAGGCGUACAGCGAGUAUCAGUCUCUUUGGCUAAAGGGAUGGGGACAGUUCUCUAUGAUCCUUCUGUAACUAACCCAGAGGAACUCCGCACUGCUGUAGAGGACAUGGGAUUUGAGGCGUCAGUCAUCUCUGAAAACUGUUCUAGCAACCAUGUUGGAAGCCACACUGCGGAGAAUUCCAUGGUGCAAACUGCGGCUGGCUCACCUGUGUCUGUGCAGGAAGUGGCUCCUGACGCUAGGGGGCUCCCUAAAAACCACAGCUCUGGCUGCUCGUCAAAGUCCCCGCAAGCCCCUGCAACAGUGGCACCACAAAAGUGCUUUCUACAGGUCACAGGCAUGACCUGUGCGUCCUGUGUGUCUGUCAUAGAGAGAAACCUGCAGAAAGAAGCUGGUAUUCUCUCCGUGCUGGUUGCCUUGAUGGCCGGAAAGGCAGAGGUUAAGUAUAAUCCGGAAGUCAUCCAGCCACUUGAGAUAGCUCAGCUCAUCCAGGACUUGGGCUUUGAGGCAGCAGUAAUGGAAGACUACGCAGGCUCAGAUGGCGACGUUGAGCUGAUCGUCACGGGAAUGACCUGUGCUUCCUGCGUUCACAACAUCGAGAGCAAACUCAUGAGGACCAACGGCAUCACCUACGCCUCCGUGGCCCUCACCACCAGCAAAGCCCACGUGAAGUUUGAUCUUGAAAUUAUAGGUGCGCGGGAUAUUGUCAAAAUUAUUGAGGAAUUGGGCUUUCGUGCUUCUCCAGCCCAGAGAAACCCCAACGCUCAUCACUUGGACCACAAGGCGGAAAUAAAGCAGUGGAAGAAGUCUUUCCUGUGCAGCCUGCUGUUUGGCAUCCCUGUUAUGGGUUUAAUGAUCUAUAUGUUGAUACCCAGCAAUGAGCCCCAUGAGUCUAUGGUCCUGGACCACAACAUCAUUCCAGGACUGUCCAUUCUAAAUCUCAUCUUCUUUAUCUUGUGUACCUUUGUCCAGUUCCUCGGUGGGUGGUACUUCUACGUUCAGGCCUACAAAUCUCUGAGGCACAGGUCGGCCAACAUGGAUGUGCUCAUCGUGCUGGCCACGAGCAUCGCCUAUGUCUACUCCAUCGCCAUCCUGGUGGUGGCCGUUGCCGAGAAGGCUGAGAGGAGCCCUGUGACCUUCUUUGACACGCCUCCCAUGCUCUUCGUGUUCAUUGCCCUGGGGCGGUGGCUGGAACACGUGGCAAAGAGCAAAACCUCAGAAGCCCUUGCCAAACUCAUGUCUCUCCAAGCCACAGAAGCCACUGUCGUGACCCUUGGCGAGGACAAUUUAAUCAUCAGAGAGGAGCAAGUACCAAUGGAGCUGGUGCAGCGGGGUGAUGUCAUCAAGGUUGUCCCUGGGGGAAAGUUCCCAGUGGAUGGGAAAGUCCUGGAAGGCAAUACUAUGGCUGACGAGUCCCUCAUCACAGGAGAAGCCAUGCCAGUCACUAAGAAACCCGGAAGCACAGUGAUUGCUGGGUCUAUAAAUGCACAUGGCUCUGUGCUUGUUACUGCCACCCAUGUGGGCAACGACACCACUUUGGCUCAGAUUGUGAAAUUGGUGGAAGAGGCUCAGAUGUCAAAGGCACCCAUUCAGCAACUGGCUGACCGCUUUAGUGGAUAUUUUGUCCCAUUUAUCAUCAUCAUUUCCACUUUGACGUUGGUGGUAUGGAUUAUAAUCGGUUUUAUCGAUUUUGGUGUUGUUCAGAAAUACUUUCCCACCCCCAACAAGCAUAUCUCUCAGGCAGAGGUGGUCAUCCGGUUUGCGUUCCAGACGUCCAUCACAGUGCUGUGCAUCGCCUGCCCCUGCUCUCUGGGUUUGGCCACGCCCACGGCGGUAAUGGUGGGCACCGGGGUGGCCGCCCAGAACGGCAUCCUCAUCAAGGGAGGCAAACCUCUGGAGAUGGCCCACAAGAUAAAGACUGUGAUGUUUGACAAAACUGGCACCAUUACCCAUGGGGUCCCAAAAGUCAUGCGGGUCCUCCUGCUUGUGGACAUGGCCACGCUGCCCCUCAGGAAGGUUCUUGCUGUGGUGGGGACUGCAGAGGCCAGCAGCGAGCACCCCUUGGGUGUGGCAGUCACCAAAUACUGUAAAGAGGUGCUUGGAACAGAGACCCUCGGGUACUGCACGGACUUCCAGGCGGUGCCGGGCUGUGGAAUCGGCUGUAAAGUCAGCAGCGUGGAAGGCAUCCUGGCCCACAGCGAGCACCCGCCGAGAGAGGGGACGGCUCACCUGAACGGGGUUGGCAGCGUUCCCACAGACACAGAUGCGGCCCCCCAGACCUUCUCUGUGCUGAUUGGGAACCGCGAAUGGAUGAGGCGCAAUGGCUUAACCAUCUCCAGCGACAUCAGUGACUCUAUGACAGAUCAUGAGAUGAAAGGCCAGACGGCCAUCUUGGUGGCUAUUGAUGGUGUUCUCUGCGGGAUGAUCGCCAUCGCCGAUGCUGUCAAGCAGGAGGCCGCCCUGGCUGUGCACACCCUGAAGAGCAUGGGUGUGGAUGUGGUUCUGAUCACGGGGGACAACCGGAAGACAGCCAGAGCCAUUGCCACCCAGGUUGGCAUCAACAAAGUCUUUGCGGAGGUGCUGCCUUCUCACAAGGUGGCCAAGGUCCAGGAGCUCCAGAACAAAGGGAAGAGAGUCGCCAUGGUGGGAGAUGGGGUCAACGACUCCCCGGCCUUGGCGCAGGCUGACAUGGGCAUUGCCAUCGGGACAGGCACAGAUGUGGCCAUUGAGGCGGCUGACGUUGUCCUCAUCAGGAAUGAUUUGCUCGACGUGGUGGCUAGCAUUCACCUCUCCAAGAAGACUAUCCGGAGAAUACGACUCAAUCUGGUGCUGGCGCUGAUUUAUAACCUGGUUGGGAUUCCCAUUGCAGCAGGUGUCUUCAUGCCUAUCGGCAUCGUGCUGCAGCCAUGGAUGGGCUCAGCGGCCAUGGCGGCCUCCUCUGUGUCUGUGGUUCUCUCGUCGCUGCAGCUCAAGUGCUAUAAGAAGCCCGAUAUGGAGAGGUACGAGGCCCAGGCCCAGGGCCGCAUGAAGCCGCUGACCGCAUCUCAGGUCAGUGUGCACAUCGGCAUGGAUGACCGGCGGCGGGACCCCCCCAGAGCCACACUCUGGGACCAGGUCAGCUACGUCAGCCAGGUGUCUCUGUCCUCCCUGAAGUCCGACAAGCUGUCUCGGCACAACACUUCGGCCAACAAUGGUGGAGACAAGUGGUCUCUGCUCCUGAAUGACAGGGAUGAGGAGCAAUACAUCUGAAAGCUCCAGGCAGGUGCAGACCCAGGGGCCCAUCUCCUGGUUGAGCAGCCGGCCUGGCCCUCCCUGUGGAUGAGGCUUGAACUGAACAAGUGCAGCACCAGCCGCCGGGUGGACAAAGCCCCCCUCCAGCCUUGGGGACUUCCACUCCCUGGACAUUCCUGGUCAUUCCUCCCUGCAACACAUGGCCUUGUCCAGAUGUGGCUCCUGGGCAGGACCACUUCACCUGAAUCCCACUGGCCCAGGGACCAGGCAUCCUGGCCUCAGCAUGCUAUUGGCGUGGGCUUAUCGGAAGCCUUGCUGGAUUCCAGAAGAGGAAAGGACAGUUAGCCUGCCUUAUAGACCUCUGCUUUAGUAUUUGGGAUGACUACUUGUGAAAUGAGGAAAAUCUCAUCAGGACCAAAAAGUUAGCUGGGCCUUUCCAUAGAACUCAUUAAAAACCUCAGUGUUGGGCUCUUUUUGACGAUGCCCAUGAGCAUCACGUGUCUGAGACCGCAGUUUACCUCAAGUGCACCUGUUGUUUUCUGCUGGCACAAUCUCUUUUCUGUUCUUGACACUGGGGAUCCCCCGGCAUCACCUCUGAGGGCAGGACUGGCGUCCUGGUGGUCCUGCUGCUGCUGCUGUCUGGCGCUUUUCCAAGCACCCUCGUGUGUGCCCUUCUGCCUGAAUCUGCUCCCUCGCACGCCCAGCCAGAGAGCUUGCCAGGCUUCUCUUUAAGUCGAGGAGAGUUCUUUCUUGCUCACGAGCCCCUUCUCUGUGGAGCCGUGGCUCCUCCCUCCACAGAGUAGAGUGAUGUUGCUGGCCGUCACUGCUGCCCAACUGGAGUGAAGGUCUCAGAGCCUGAGACCUGCCAGUCCAAAAUCCGAUUUCCUGUGGGGUCCAGGUGCUGGGGACUUAGGGGGCCCUGGUGCUUGGCACAGGUGUCUCUUGAGGGAGGCGUGUGCAUGCAGGAACCACCUCCCCAGCUCCAAGAGCUUCGACUGCAUGGUCUGCUGUGUGACUGUCACCUCAUGGAGUCCAAUAAGAAUUCAUGUCAGUGGUGCCCCUGGGGUUGUGCAGCUCUGAGGAAACAGUGGUACCUGAAUAAGAGGAAAUCACAGUUCUCCUCCACAAACUUCUUCCGCACGCUGAGUUGGCACCUUAGGAAAAGGGUGCCCACAGCCUGCCAAAGGGACAGUCUAUUACUCACUCUCAGUGGCUCUUUGUGAUCGCGUGACAUCGGAGGGGCAGGAAUGGGGCUGGUUUAGGCACUGAAGUGGGUGGUGAUUGACAGAACCAUGUGGGAGUAGACUGGUAGAGUCAGAGUAAAUUCUAAGGUGGAGCCCUCAUCACACACACAAAAUAAUUUUAGUUAUUUAUUGAGUGUCAGUUAUUUUCCAGGGACAGUGUAAGCACUUUUUAUAGUUUACCUCUAAUCUUCCCACCAAACCAGCAAAGUAGGUAUUCUUGUCUACGUUUUACAGGUGGGGAAACAGGCUCAGAGAGGCAAAGUAUCCUGCCUAGGAUCACACAGCCGGGACACAUGCCAGAACAGGGAUCCAAAUCCAUGUCUGUUGGCUCUGAAGUCUCUUCUCUCUGCUGCCUCCUUGAAUAUCAGUUUGCUUGAUAAGAAUAACCAAGAAGCAGGCCCUUGCUCCUGGAAGAACAAGUCUGCCAGGUGAUGUAUUCAUUGUAUCAGCUGGGGCGGGAAGCAUGAUCACAAAUCAUCUCACCUGCCCCUUGGGUGGUUCAUUUCCAAUUUUGCUUAUAAUUUAGUUUUUGCUGGGUCUUAUCCUCUAAAAUCCAAGUGCAGGGUUUUGUUGUGUUUUUAUUGUUUUCAGUCUUCCUUCCCUUCCCCAGCCCCUCCUGCUGUGUGUCCUCAAUUGUGUCUUCUCUGUUCUUGGCUGUGCUCGGGGAAUGUUCCUUGUUUUCUGACUAGGCUAAUCAUUGUCUAAAGAAUCUAAGUGUAUUGAUUUUUCAAAAAGCUUUUAAGACCAUAAACAUCAUGUCUAUAUGGACAUGAAAAUAUUUAUAUAAUUGUACAGAAAAUAACCUUUUAGAUGUUGAAAGUGUAAGAAAUUAUUUAGGGGGGUUAGAUAAGAACAAUUCCUACUUCAAAAACUUUCCAUGCUGUAUUAGAAUAAAGUUUCUUUUCAAUCAUCUAACAA